UGUUUCAUGAUCCGUCCAUGCAUGAGGUAUGGUACAAGUCCUGGACCGUCAGAGGGGGUACCUGCUGAGCCCCCUCCCUACCCGAGCCCAGCCGGUGUCCCGGCUGAUGAAACCGGAGAAGUGCCGACGCAGCAGCGCGCUGAAUGAACUGUACUCACGCCCACAGAGAGCUGUCAGCAGCCGGCCGACGGGCACCUCCUGCGGCUAACUCCAACCGUCAGCCCCGGGACCCAGACCUCCGUCAGCAGCCGUCAUGGCCAAAGUGCACAGCGGAGCCUCCGGCUGUCGGGCCAUGGUGAAGGCGGGGAAGUAUCUGUCGAGUCCGGCUCCCACGGCGCUGACCCGGAGCUCCGGGCAGCGUCAGCGGAAGAUGUUCGGGCCUCAGCGGAGAACCAUGAGCGGUGACGCGGCCGGCUCGGGAGGAAAGACCGCGGCUUUGGCCCAGCAGGAGCAGCUCGGGUCGGUCUCCGCGGACAGAAACGUGCUGGCCAACCUGAACCUGAUCUACCGGGACGUGAAAGCUUUUCUGAAUGAAGUCGGUGGAAACCCCCGGGAGGCUCGGUACUGGCUGACCCAGUUUCAGAGGUCUACCUCGGCUCAGUCUCCUGCCUUCGCCGUCCUGGAGGUGGACAGCUCGGUGUUUGCCAGCAGAGAAAUGGUCCAGAGCCUGGCCUUCGGGCUCUCCUUCCUGCAGCGGAUGGACAUGAAGCCCGUUGUGGUGAUGGGCCGAUCCGAGGACGAGUGGACGGGGCCCGCAGGGCCGGUGGCCGGGCCUCAGUGCACCCGCGGUCUGGUGGAGCGGAGCCAGCAGCUGACGGAGGCUCUGCAGCGGCACUCUGCCACCGUCCUGCCGCUCUUCUCCGCUGAGUCCUUCCUGCUGCUGCACGAAGCCCCCCGAGGGAGCAGUGCUCCACCCUUCGUUGCUGUGGACACCAGCCUCCUCCAGUGGAGUCUGAACUGUGGGACAAUCCCAUUGGUGUGUCCGGUGGGGAGGGACGGGCGAGGCUGCUCGGUGAUGUUGGACCCCACAGAGGUGACGGCAGCGAUCUCCAGAGCUCUGCAACCCCUCAAAGUCAUGUUCCUGAACAACUGCGGAGGUCUCCGCAGCCACGAGAACAAGGUGCUGGACACGGUGUCAUUGCCGAGCGACCUGCCCAGUCUGUCGACGGCGGCGUGGCUGAGCGCUACAGAGCGGCGCAGAGUGAGCGCCAUCGCCAGACUGCUCAACCAGCUGCUGACAGAGUCGUCGGCGGUGAUCACGUCGGCCGACACGCUGCUGACAGAGCUGUUCAGCCACAGAGGGUCCGGGACGCUCUUCAAAAACGGAGACCCGAUACACCGGUACAGCUCUCUGGAUGAGAUCGAUUUGGAGCGUCUGCUGGCUCUCAUCAACAAGUCGUUUGAUAAAACUCUGAGGCGGGACUACAUCGACUCCCUGAAAGGACGACUGCACUCCGUCUACCUGUCCGAAGGCUACAGCGCGGCGGCCAUCGUCACCAUGGAGCCGGUGAACAGCGGCACCCCUUACCUCGACAAGUUUGUGGUGAGCAGCAGUAAGCAGGGCCAGGGCACCAGCCACAUCCUGUGGGAGUGUAUCCGCCAGGACCUGGGCAAACUGUUCUGGAGGUCUCGAGCCACCAACAGGAUCAACCCCUGGUACUUUAAACACUGUGACGGCAGCUUUGUUAACGGCGCCUGGACCGUCUUCUGGUUCGGUCUGACGGACAUCAGAGAUUCCUACGAGCUGGUGGAGUACGCCAAGAACCUCCCCGACUCUUUCCACGCCUCCUCCUCCUCCUCGGCAUCCUGAGCCGCCGCCGCCACCUCCCGGCGAAACUCCCUCACUCUGCCGUGGAUCUAGUUUUUUUUUUUUUUAUCUGACUGGACGUUUUUUCUCUUCAGGGAAGCUUGAAAGCUGCAGUGUGAAUUUCAUACGUGUUGCAGUGAUUCCACUUUGUUUACGCCGAGGGUGCUAAAGUUGAAACUUGAAUAUUUUCUCUCUAUUUCUGAGGCAAAAGUUUUUUAUUCUUUCCAACAGGAUGAAUCCCAAAACCUCCGGUCUUUAGGCCCGCUCACACGUAUUCACAGAGGACCAGUAUAAACGGGGGACCUAUGCGUCUGGUUUUUGGUGCAUUUGCAGGGGAUAAGCAGCCCGCUGAAUCUGCACCAAAAAUGCUGUCAAAACUGUCACAAUAACCAACGCGCCCCCGUAACGUUUGACCACAGGGUUUGUACAAUCUUGAAAAACCCUGAAAAGUCUUGGCAUUUGCAAAUAACAAGUUCCAGGCCUGCAAAAGUUUUGGGAAACUAAAUAAACCCUGAAAGAUUUGGAAGAGUCACAGAAAUGUGGUUCAACUUUAAUAAUAACACAGGAUGUCUUCAAGGACUUUCCGAAAUCUGGAAAUCCAACGAUAAGCUAUAUUAUACAGUGUGUGGCUGUGAUGAAGUAUUGUCUUUUUUUUGGGUGACAUUUGAAGGAAAAACAAAUAAGAAAAACAUGCCAUUCAAAGCUACCUGUUUUCUUUAAAGUGGUAAAAAAAUAGAGAAAAAUAAAACUGCCAAAAUUUUUAAAUGCUGGUUAGUUCAUGCAGAUGGUUAUUUUUCUGACCAGUUUUAGAAGAGAUGCAGAAUAAAGUGAUUUUGAGUGAGUGAAGUGAUGUUUUUCCUUAAAAAACAUUAUCAUCAUCAUUAAAAAAA